UGAGCGUUCAUUCACUACGGAUUUGUCGAGUUGCCCUUAUCUCUCUACGGGUUUUAUUCCUGUACGAAUCUAUUAGCUUUUUUCUUGUAUACCUACUGCAUGCGUAAAGUGUUUUCAAGCGCGCAGUCUCCAGGUGCGUGGAGUUCUUCUCGGUGAACUUUUUGGUGUUUUUUUUUUUCUCAACCUACCUGAGUUGUUUCCUCUCUGCACGCCUCCACUCCUCUCCACCAUGGAUUUGGUUUGGAUUGUGGGCUUCGUUGUGAGCGUCUGCGCCUGGUUUGCGUCAGCGGAGCGACACAGCGUCUACUGGAACAGCACGAACUCAAAGUUUCUCUGGGACGACUACACCGUGGAGGUAAAGCUCAAUGACUACCUGGACAUCGUUUGCCCCCAUUACCCUCAGGGUGAGGUACCAUUGCUGGAUGCUGAGCGAUACGUGCUCUACAUGGUGGAGCGAGAGGACUAUGAAUCCUGCAAGCCCCAAUCAUACGACCAGAUGCGCUGGGAGUGUGGCCAUCCGUUUGCUCCUCACGCCCCUGAGAAGUUCUCGGAAAAGUUCCAGCGUUUUACUCCGUUUACUCUGGGAAAGGAGUUCCGCCAAGGAGAAAGCUACUAUUAUAUCUCCAAACCUUUGCACCACCAUGGACAGGAGUGCCUCAGGCUCAGGGUGGACGUCGUAGCUGCUGAUGGCUCUCAAGAAGCCCGAGUAGCUAAAGGAGGCACAGGUGGGGCAGAAGUUGGAGCUGGGGGUGGGGUUCACAACCCGUCCAACAGACUGCCUGCAGCAGAUGACCCAGUGGUAAUCCUGCCAGAUGUCCAGAAGAGUGUACGGUCAAACUCUGAAGUGACAUCCCUCUCAAUCCUCUCAUUGCUAGUCCCAUCGUUACUGCUAUUGUUGCACUGAGAGUACAUGAAAGGACUGCUGUUGGCAGAUUAUUAUUUUUUUUUUUCAGGGACUACAAUGAAGACAGUCCGUGGGGAUGAAACCACUGACUCAAAAAGACAGUUAUCCAUGCCCAGUGCUGGCCACAGGGAGAGACUUUUGAAGCUUGUAAAGUACAGAUGGACUCUCUUGCACUACACGUGCUGAGUAACUCCUGAGCAUUUGAGACAAAGUAUGUGUGCUUAGUCUUAUUUUCCAAAAGGUGACAGUAUGUUUUUUAUUUUUUUUUCAUGGAAAGACCCAAGUUCUCCUUUUUUAUUUGUAUUUUUUUUAGGGCUCUGUCCAAAAACAAAAAAAAUUAACCUCUUUUGGAUGAUAACUCUAUAGAAGAAAAUAUGAAGAAGUUGAAGAGGAACGUAAAGCGGCCGAAGAACAAUCAAGAGCAAAGGCACCAACUCUGUUUGAAUUACAUAAAUUUAGAUGGGAUGAAUCCACAUUCAAUGGAAAAAUACCGUACCUUACCUUUUGAGCCAAAGAUCAGUCCUCUCUCCAACUUGUACACUAUUCCACCCUUGUGUAUUGUGUACUAUUUGUUGUAUUGUUAUCGUAAUUGUAUUGAGUGGCUGAUGUCCCAAGUGAUUACUUUCUCUAAAUGUAGCAUUGGCAGACACGGGGGCUCUUCUCAUGACUACCAUUCCUUUGCGAACUCGACCAUGUGCUUAUAUACUGUAGCACUAAUACUGCACAGUACAGAUACACCAACAUACACUCCACAACACUGUUACACACACACACACACACACACACACACACACACACACACACACACUGACAUCAUAUGACAUGAAAACACACCACAUUGAACUGUGUUAUGUGUACAUUCUGUGAAGAUAAUUUAUAACAUUUGCAGCUGAGAUGUUUUACUGUAUAUACCAUGUGCUCAUGAAAAGAAAUGUUUACUGUUGGCAAUGGGGAGAGCUUUUUUCUCUCUCCCUCUCCCCCUCCUGGUGGAGUUAGUGCUUGUGUGAAAGGAAAAAUGUGUGAGUUGCAGCGAGAGUAAGAAAAGGGAGCGAUUGAUUGAAAAGAGUGAUAAGACAAAAUGUUUUUCUGCCAAAAGCAAACACUGAGAUGUUGUGUGUAUCGCAGAGAGGCUGGACUUCUCUGUUUGUUGGAUCUCGCCGCUGUAUUGGUUAAACUGUCUGACAUGAAGUGCUGGUAUCUUUUCAUUACUACAGGAACCAACCUUGUGUAUCAUGGUGCUUUUCUUCAUGAGUUCAACCCCAGCAUAUACUUCUAAACACAAAGUGAAAUUAUUUACACUUUCAGAAUAAUGAUCACAGUUUUGGAUGAUUUGAAAAUGUUAUAGUUCACAACAGUCUAGACACGGCAUCACCCCGAGUUGCCAAGCACAUCUUCACCUGACAGGCUGGCUUGAUCAACAAAGCACAACAGUGUAUGACUACCAUUGAAGUCAGUCUUUUUUUUAUCUGAAUUCUUAUUACCUAAUUCUUUUGUACAUGUGUAAGUAGGAAAAUUGUAUAAUAUGUAUAUAUUUAUAUAUAUAUAUAUAUAUAUAGAAUAUUAUAUAAAAAGACCUGUUUGAUAAAUAUACUAAAUGUGAAAAUUUCAUGUGAAAUAAAAGAUAUUUUUGGAAAUCCA